GCUCCCAGCCGGGCCUGCUGAGCCGCCCCCGGGCCGGGGCCGCGCCGAGUCUGGCCGGGCCGCGCCCGGGCGGGGCCGCGCUGCCUGCAUGACCCUCCGGCGGCGCGGGGAGAAGGCGACCAUCAGCAUCCAGGAGCAUAUGGCCAUCGACGUGUGCCCCGGCCCCAUCCGGCCCAUCAAACAGAUCUCCGACUACUUCCCCCGCUUCCCGCGGGGCCUGCCGCCGGACGCCGGGCCCCGCACCGCUGCACCCCCGGACGCCCCCGCGCGCCCGGCCGCGGCCAGCGCGGGCCGCCGCAGCCCCUCCGACGGCGCCCGCGACGACGACGAGGAUGUGGACCAGCUGUUUGGAGCCUACGGCGCCAGCCCCGGCCCCGGCCGCAGCACGGCGCGACCGCCUGCCAAGCUGCCCGAGGACGAGCCGGACGCCGACGGCUACGAGUCCGACGACUGCACCGCCCUGGGCACGCUGGACUUCAGCCUGCUCUACGACCAGGAGAACAACGCUCUCCACUGCACCAUCAGCAAGGCCAAGGGCCUGAAGCCGAUGGACCACAAUGGGCUGGCAGACCCCUACGUCAAGCUGCACCUGCUGCCAGGAGCCAGUAAGGCAAAUAAGCUCAGAACAAAAACUCUCCGAAACACUCUGAACCCCACGUGGAAUGAGACCCUCACUUACUACGGGAUCACAGACGAAGACAUGAUCCGAAAGACCCUGCGGAUCUCGGUGUGUGAUGAGGACAAAUUCCGCCACAACGAGUUCAUAGGGGAGACGCGGGUGCCCCUCAAGAAGCUGAAGCCCAACCACACCAAGACGUUCAGCAUCUGCCUGGAGAAGCAGCUGCCGGUGGACAAGACAGAAGACAAGUCCCUGGAGGAGCGGGGCCGCAUUCUCAUCUCCCUCAAGUACAGUUCGCAGAAGCAGGGCCUGCUGGUCGGCAUCGUGCGCUGCGCACACCUGGCUGCCAUGGACGCCAACGGCUACUCAGACCCCUACGUGAAAACAUACCUGAAGCCAGAUGUGGACAAGAAAUCCAAACAUAAGACAGCGGUAAAGAAGAAAACCCUAAACCCAGAGUUCAACGAGGAAUUCUGUUAUGAGAUUAAGCACGGGGACCUGGCCAAGAAGACCCUGGAGAUCACCGUUUGGGAUUAUGACAUUGGAAAAUCCAACGAUUUCAUCGGCGGCGUGGUUCUGGGCAUCAAUGCCAAGGGCGAGCGCCUGAAGCACUGGUUUGAUUGCCUGAAGAACAAGGACAAGCGGAUCGAGCGCUGGCACACGCUCACCAACGAGCUCCCGGGGGCCGUGCUCAGCGACUGACCCACCCCACCUGCCCGCUGCACCCACCCCUGCCCGGCCCAGCACAGGCCUGGCCCUGGGCUUCCUCAGCUGCCACUAAGGGCCUCGCCCCCAUGUUUGGGGAGAUCCAGGACGCCUGCUUGGACACAGAGCCACUGCAGCCCCCGCUUAGAGGCCAUGAAGGCCCAGCCCCUCCGAGGGACAGCGGGGGCAGAGAGCUGGGCCUGCUUUCGCCGA